UUUAAGACUUUGAGCCGUUUCUCACCGUCUCUCUGAAAUCAGACAUGGCGAGCCGAACGGAACACGACCCAGCCUUGACAGACGAAGAAGACGAACAAGUCGAGGAGCUUCAAGGCUGGGACGACUGGAACGCCGACGAAGAAGAAGAAGAGAGCUCCAACUCGGACUCCGAACUCCUCUGCUUCUUCUGCGACUCCAAGUUCACUUCUUGCGACCAACUGUUCGACCACUCCAGCGCCGCUCACCAUUUCGAUUUUCACGCCAUCCGGAAAGCCCUGCGCUUGAGCUUCUACAGCUCCUUCAAGCUCAUCAACUACGUUCGCUCUCAGGUUUUCGACAACAGAUGUUGGAGCUGUGGGCUAAGGUGUCAGUCUAGCAAAGAUUUGCAGGAUCAUUUACAUGAAACUAUUGAUGUAAAAGAGAUUAAGCCUGUAUGGGAUAACGACGUGUACUUGAAGCCAUUUUUUCAGGACGAUGCGGUCUUGUAUAGUUUCGGGGAAGAUGAAGAAGGCGACAAUGAAUACAAUGUAGCGGUUGAUAAGGAUGAACUGAUGAGUGAUUUGCGGCAUUUUGAAGAGAUUUGCAUUGAUCAUCAGAUUCAUGUGGAAAAGAUCGCUAGUGAUUCGGAUAAAUUUUGUGAGAGUGGCGAAAGGGAUGUUGAUUUAUUAUCGAAUGGCUGCUUGAGUGCAGCUAGCUCAUCUGGAAAGGUGGCUGCCUAUGGUUUCAGUUCUGGAAAGCAUAUUGGGUUGGCUGAUAGAAAGACAAUGGGAAAAAGUAUAAGAGCAUAUGUUCCAAAUCAUGGUUCAAAGGAUAUGAAGAAUGUCAAUGAUGAUUACUUUGCCUCUUACAGCUCGUUUGGCAUUCACCGAGAAAUGCUCAAUGAUAAGGUAAGAAUGGAUGCUUAUGGACAAGCUAUUUUAAAGAAUCCCUCUCUCUUGAAGAGUGCGGUAGUCAUGGAUGUAGGUUGUGGCACAGGCAUACUUAGUCUCUUUGCAGCGCAAGCAGGGGCUUCAAGGGUAAUUGCAGUUGAAGCAAGUGAAAAGAUGGCUUCAGUGGCAACUCAGAUUGCAAAAGAUAAUGGUCUUUUGUGGCAAAGUCCAGUUGGCAGUUCUACCCAUGGCGCUGGGGUAGUUGAAGUGGUUCAUGGUAUGGUUGAGGACCUUGAUAAAUCCAUGGUGAUCCAACCUCAUAGUGUUGAUGUAUUACUGAGUGAAUGGAUGGGGUAUUGCCUACUUUAUGAGGCAAUGCUCAGUUCUGUGCUCUUCGCACGGGAUAAGUGGUUGAAACCUGGAGGGGCCAUCCUCCCUGACACAGCAACUAUUUUUGUUGCCGGGUUUGGAAAAGGUGCUACCAGUCUUCAAUUUUGGGAAAAUGUGUAUGGUUUCAACAUGUCUUGUGUUGGCAAGGAGCUCUUUGAUGGUGCUGUGAAAGUCCCUAUAGUUGAUGUCGUGGAAGAUCAUGGCUUAGUAACUAGUGCUGCUAUUCUCCAGACCUUUGACUUAGUUACUAUGAAACCAGAUGAAGUUGAUUUUACUGCAAGUGCUGUGUUAGAACCAAACUGCUGUGGUGCAACUAGCGGCUCAAAUGAUUCGAAAUCUGAAACAACUUGGUGUUACGGAAUUGUCCUGUGGUUUGAGACUGGUUUUACCAGCAGGUUCUGCAAGGAACAGUCAGCUGUUUUGUCCACGUCCCCAUAUACCCCCCAAACACACUGGAUGCAAACAAUUUUGACAUUUCAGGAACCAAUUGCUGUGACAUCAGGAAAAUCGUGCAUUGACAGAUCAGCAGCAGUUGGCACUGAAGUAUGUCCUGCUGCAAGGAUUCAGUUGCGUGUAAGCAUUGCCCGUGCUUCGCAACAUCGUAAUAUUGACAUUUCCCUAGAAUCUACUGGAAUUGAUCCUCAUGGUCGGAAACACAGCUGGCCUGUGCAACUCUUUAAUCUAAGUUAGUUGUAUCAGAUCCAGGAUCCUAUUGUCGGAGCUUCUAUCAUUAUCAGUUCAACUCCCUCAAACACUGGAGCUAUGAUCCUUGUGGUUGGAAGGACAUCUGACCUGUGCAACAUUAUAAUCUACAAUAGUUGCUCAAAAUCCAAGCACACCUUGAUGAGAUUUUAUUUCGGCUGCUGGUCUGGAUUGGGUUUUGUAUCCAUUUAUUGUUCCAAUUUGAUUUUUCACCUGUUGAUUUCUAUCAUUUGUUACUUUUUGCCUAUUUUGUUCAAAACUGUGAGUGAGACAUCUUGCAAAGUUGCAAUUGGUUCUCUUUUGCUGUAAACAUGAUAGUCACUAGAGUGAUCUGGGCUCACUGUAGCAUGGUUACUUAUUCAAGUGGUCAAUCAUAGUAGAUGAGAAGCUUUU